UGCACUUUGCAGACGGUCCCUGCGCUGUCGCCACAGCUGUAUGUAGAUACCUGUCCGCUCGUCUGGAUGAAAACAGCCUGUGGCCGCUUGUCUUUGGAACCACGGUGGGAAAGAGUUCCUGCUUCAGCGAGCUGCAGUCAGUCCAACAUGUCCUCCUCCCUCCACGACUCCGCAGAGAGAUUCAUCGAAUAUGUGAGAACUUCUGAGAGAAUCAGCGUGAAGGAGCUUCGAGUCAUCUACCAUGAGUUUCAAGAAAGAGAAGCAUCCUGUCACCACAACUUCAACAAAGUCCUCUCUGCUCUGAGGAGUUCCAACAAAGUCUGCAUUAGAAACGACAUCAUCUCCAUAAUAGAUGGAGCUCAGCCCAGAGAUUACUGUGACCAGUGGCGGAGGCCCCGGGCCCCUUGGCUGGAGAGCCCCAGCUGUGGCCCUGAGGAACAAGCUGCACCCUCCCCUGGCCCCUCCACCCCUUUGGCCCCCACGCUGAUCUCCAAGAAACAGCUGGCCUCAAGGGUCCUGAAGGAGUUAAAAGAUAACAGGAAAAACCUGAUGGCUGACAAAAAGGGCAUCGAGAUCACCUCAAACCCUGAGUCACGCGACGGCAAGGUUCAGUACAUCAUGGAAACUCUCAGAGACUAUGUCCUCAGGUUCCACAUUGAAAACAAGGGCCUAGACGCCGUCAACUUCACCUUCUACACUCCCCUGCACAGGAUCCGCUGCUUCACUCUGGAGGACGAGAGGAAAAUGACCAGAGCCUGUCCCGUCUUCCUCAGUCCUGGAGAAAGUUAUGAAGUUGUGGCUCGGUACAAGCUGCAUUAUCAUGGAUAUUUCUCUUCCAUGAUUUACUUCGAGUUCUUGCCAGUUGAUACCGAAUCUGAGUCUGAGCCCUUCUCCAUCGUGAGGGAGAUGGUCGCUGAUGCCAGGACCCCUCUGGCUGCGGAGCUGGGGCCUGUGGCUCCUUACAAACCACGUCGGGGGAAGUUCGCACACAAGCCGGUUGCAACCAAGGUAGUGGAGGGAGAGCUUCCUGAGAGACUCUUUUUGCAGAAUCUAAAGAAUCUAAAAACAGUUAAAUUAGGAGACUUCAAGUACCCUCAUUACCUAAAGAUACUGGCUAAACAUAACCUGGAGGACUCCGAGAACCUCUCUGCAGCUGCCAGAUCGAAACUGAAAACAGUGAAGACCCACCUCAAGGGUCCCCUGGAGAUGAAAAACUACCGUCAACGGUUUAACCUCCUGCUGCACCUGGAAGAGAUGCAGAUGGAGGUGGAAAUCAGGAAGUACGACCUCCACAAUCAAACCCUAACUCAGGACCAAAGCAACGGAAAGCUGCUUGCACUCGAAGUUCCUGGUGUUGCUGAGAAUCGUCCAUCUGUACUUCGUGGAGACUGCCUGAGGCUGUCCAAAUCUGGGGACACAUCAAAGCCACUCACUGUUUACACUGGAUACGUUCACAAAGUCGAGCUGGAUAGUGUGAAACUGGCCUUCUCUAAGCAGCUGUUGGAGUUAUUUAACAGCAACAUGAAGUUUGAUGUGGAGUUUACUGUCAAUCGUUACCUUUUGAAGCUGCAGCAUCGGGCGGUGGACUUGGCAGCUGAAUAUAAUCUGGAAGACAUGCUGUUCCCAUCUGGUGCAGCGACUAAUCCCUCCCUGCCUAUACUCAGGAUGUUCAACUGUGAUCUGGAAGAAAACCCGGAGCAACGUGCUGCAGUCCAGCACAUUGUAGCCGGAUCGUCUAAACCAGCUCCUUAUCUUGUGUUCGGGCCUCCUGGAACUGGAAAGACAAGCACUCUGGUUGAAGCUAUGUACCAGGUUAUCAUUGCAGAUCCAUCAGCCCACAUCCUGGCUUGUGCACCUUCAAACAGUGCAUGUGACUUCCUGUGGGAGAGACUGAUGGUGCCCAUGGGUCAUCAAAAGGUUUACCGCAUGUACGCCAACAGCCGAGACCCUAGGAGUGUCCCCAAGCACCUGCUGGAAUAUUGUAACUGGGAUGAGAAACAGCAAGAAUUUGUGUUUCCAGGGACUGAAAUUCUGAUGAAUUUUAAAAUCUUAGUCACAACUAUGUACACAGCUGGCAAACUCGUGUCUAGAGGAAUCCCAAUGACUCAUUUCACUCAUGUGUUUGUGGAUGAAGGAGGCCAGGCGGUGGAGCCAGAAUGUGUCAUUGCUGUUGCAGGUCUGCUCGACUCAAAGGAGGGUCAGUUGGUGCUGGCAGGAGACCCCAUGCAGCUGGGACCCAUCAUUCGGUCUCCUCUUGCAUUGCAUCAUGGACUCGGACUUUCUCUGCUGGAGAGGCUAAUGAAAUAUAACGAUCUAUACAAGACAAGUAAAAACCCCCGCUUCGUCACCAAACUGCUGAGAAAUUACAGGUCUCACGCUGCCAUUCUGAAAAUCCCCAAUGAGCUCUUCUAUGACAACGAAGUGCAAGAGUUUGCUGACAAGCGGGACCGUGAGAUGUACUGCAACUGGGAAUACCUCCCGAAAAAGGGUUUCCCAGUGAUCUUCCACGGGGUGAUUGGGAAAGACGAGAGAGAGGCCAACAGUCCAUCUUUCUUCAACGUGUCUGAGAUUGAAGUUCUGGUCGACUACCUCACCAAGCUGAUGGAAACGCAAGAAAGGAACGGUCUCCCCAAACUCACUGCGAAACACAUCGGCAUCAUCGUCCCCUACAGGAAACAAGUUGAGAAAAUCCAAAAAGCCCUGAAGUCUGCCCCAGCACUGCGUCAGUGGAGUGAAGUCAAAGAGAUCAAGGUGGGGUGUGUGGAGGAGUUUCAGGGAGAAGAGAGGAAGAUCAUCAUGGUGUCGACUGUCCGCAGCAGCAUCGACUAUGUCAAGAUGGACAAAGAUUUCAACAUCGGAUUCUUGUCAAAUGAAAAGAGGUUCAAUGUGGCUGUGACGAGAGCCAGUUCUCUGCUGAUUGUUGUGGGAAACCCUGUGAUCCUCAACAAGGACCCCACCUGGGAGAAGUUCAUCAGCUACUGUGUGAAGGAGAAGGGUUACACUGGAUUUGACUUGAAGGAUGUAGAGAGCGAGGAUGAUGUUGUGUUUACACUUGCAAGUCUGAAGAUCUGUGUGGAUUCUAAACUUUAGUUUAUCUGUAAUCUUUUGAAAAAAGGCUUAUACAACUUGCACAAAGCGGAGAAAUGAAACAUGUGCCCUUUCUGCCUGUGUGUCAGGUCCUUUCACAGAGGAGAGCCCCCUCCAGCAGGACCCACAGUGGAUAAAGCAUUAAAAUGAAUCCACAAAACCAUCUGCAGUGACAUCCCACACUCCUAAUACACAUUCAUAUACAUUAAUGCCAAUAAACAGUAUUACAGAAUUAACCACACUUGCAUCAAUUAUUUAGGAAUAUAUAUACAUAUACUUCACUGACCUUUCUAUCAACAGUUUUGCAUAUUUUGAUGACACCAUUCUGUUUUACAUUUUAAUGCCAAAGUGAAUCAAUGAAUCUGGUGUUUGACUUUUCUGUCUUUGUCUCACGUGACUUAUAUAAAGACCCUGGGUAUUCAAAUAAAAGUGAGUUCGAUUACCUUUAACAAACAAUUGUUACACAAAUCCAAAUGUGACGUCUCUGUCUUCUACAAAGAACUGACCAAGCAUGGCGAGUCGCUCUUGUCUCAAAAAUAGUUUAUUAACAAUGUUCAUGUUCACUUCAGAUCAAACAAUCACUACAACACUUUCCUGUUUACAAAGCAUUUUCACACUGAGCUAAAAAUCUGGAUCCUUUAUCGUUUCAAAUACUUCCAGAGAAAGAAAGAAAAGUUACAACACUGAGCAGAAGCUGUUCCCAAAGACGAUGCUGCUUUAGUAUGAGUGUGUGUGUGUGUGUACUUUAAAGACCCAUCUUUUUCUCAUGCAUGCAACAACAUUGUAAGACCAACUUUUGAAAUAGUGGCGUAACAUAAUCUGCACACAGAUACACACAGCAGUAUAGUACAUGCUCUUUGUGAUAUGUUCGACACCAUGUUCAACCUUCUGCUCCUCUAAGGGAAUGCUCUCAUCACGUAUUAAUCUUGUUGACAUCCGAGAACAUCAUGCCACAACUAGAACACACAUAACUCGAAGCUUCAUUGAUAAAACUCUUUAAUCGAAAUCGUCUGAAUCUGUUGAAUCUUGUCUCAGUGUGCUGUUUGUUGUCGCAAUGAGUUAAAAUAAAGCCCCCACCCUUUAAAGGUUUGAGGUAACAACAUCAUAUGGUGCUUGUGUGCGACUGUAACCAAUGCCCCCUCUCUUCUUCAUCUAAAAAAUAAAAAAUAACAAUACACCUCGGCUGGGCCAUGGAAAAAUCAGUUAUACCUUAUGUGCUUGUGGCCAGUAGAGGGUAUGAAGUUGUAUUUUACAUCAUAACA